CUCCGUGUGAGGUUUGUUUACGUCAGGGUAUUCGCAAGUUUACUAGUAUGUUCAUCGCGAUCGAACUUUCUCCCUUACGUCCGGUCGGCCUCAAACGCUUUUCCUUUUCUCAAGUGCCCUUUACGCAGGGCCGCUUGUCGUAGGGCAGUAAUUUUUGACCUAUUUUCCCGACCGCUUUUCUGGAAUCAUGGGAAACGGCGUGAAGAAUUCAAUCGAUCCAGACCCAGUUACUGGGCAUCCUCCUCACUACUUCCACGAAAUGCCCCACGAAGAUGAGGAGCGGCUGGAAAAGUUGUUCAACUCCCUGGAUUUAGACGGGAAAGGUAAAAUUGAUAUCCACGAUUUGUCCGAGGCCCUGAAGAAAGCUGGUCUGCACCACGGAUACGCUGAGAAAUUCCUCAGGCAUUCAGAUACCAAUAAAAGUGGAGAUAUAUCCUUAGCUGAGUUCAUUCAUUAUGUGAAGGAGCACGAGAAAAAUUUACGCUUGGGAUUCUCUCAUCUAGAUAAAAAUAGAGAUGGUAAAAUCGAUUUAGAGGAGUUAGUCAAAGCUUUUUCAGAAUUAGGCGUGGAAAUAGAUCACAAUGAAGCUAGAAAACUGCUCCAAAGGAUGGACAAAGAUGGAAGUCUGGAGAUCAGCUUCAACGAAUGGAGGGACUACCUCCUGUAUGCUCCAACAACAGAUAUUCGGGAUCUCAUCAAUUACUGGCGGCAUUCAACGUACUUGGACAUUGGAGAAGACUUGAACGUGCCGGACGAUUUCACUCAAAAUGAGAUGAAAACGGGGAUGUGGUGGCGCCAUCUGGUGGCUGGCGGGUUUGCCGGUGCCGUUUCCAGGACCUGCACUGCGCCAUUGGAUAGGCUCAAGGUUUAUCUUCAGGUGCAUGGCCACAAGUCCAGCAAAAUUAGACAUACUUUACAAACGCUUCUGCAAGAAGGAGGCGUAUUCAGUCUGUGGCGCGGUAAUGGUAUUAAUGUGUUGAAAAUUGCACCAGAGUCUGCGCUUAAAUUCAUGGCCUAUGAACAAAGCAAGCGGAUGAUUAGAGGAAAUAGCACCCGUGAUUUAACUAUAUAUGAAAGAUUCGUCGCCGGAUCGCUAGCCGGUGGAUUUAGUCAAACUGUCAUCUAUCCAUUAGAGGUGAUGAAAACUAGACUGGCGCUCCGGAAAACUGGAGAAUAUAAAAGUUUAGCUGAUGCUGCUACCAAAAUGUACUUAACUGGAGGCUGGCAGAGUUUCUAUAGAGGUUACGUGCCAAAUCUCCUGGGCAUUCUACCGUAUGCCGGGAUUGAUCUAGCUGUGUACGAGACUUUAAAAAAUAGCUACAUUAGGCAGCAUGAUGCGGAAGCCCCUAGUGUCCUGUUACUUCUGGCCUGCGGAACUGCCUCCAGCACUUGUGGACAAGUUUGCUCCUAUCCUUUAGCCCUAGUCAGAACACGACUUCAAGCACAAGUAGUUACCAAUGUUGGUUCUUGCGAGCAGUACACUAUGACAGGCCUUCUGCGAACAAUUCUGCAAGAGGAAGGAUUUGCAGGACUCUAUCGGGGUAUCACACCAAACUUUCUGAAAGUUGCGCCAGCUGUUAGUAUUAGUUACGUCGUUUACGAAAGGUGUCGGCAGGCGCUAGGAGUCAACAUGACGUGAUUUUUAACUUAUUUCUAUUUUUUUAUCGUUUUUUCUUUUACUUUCUUGACUGGCUGUGAUCUUAUGAAAUUAAAAUAAAAUUUAAAGGAACGUCCAGUUGCGUACCGGUGGCUAGUUUCACUGGUCGGAAGGUGGUGCCGCUGGAAAUGUUGCGUCUAACGCCAUUUUGUUGUUCCGAUUGUUUAGUCCAUGUGUUUAUCUAAUUUAACGCCCUAACUGUGCUGCCAUUUCUUUUAGUUUUUUUUCCGAGGCUGUAAAAUUAAGUUGUGUUCGUUGUCUCCUUGCUUGUUUAUUAUUGAAUUGUUGCUUGGUUUUUGAAAAUCUUCCAACUUAAUCACUUAAGUUAUUAUUUUCUAAGAUUAUGGAAUUAAUUACUUGAGUUAUAAAGACGGAGGAAGACCAUGCACUUACAUAAUAGACAAGCACUAAAAAAUUAUAAAAAUUUUGAUUUGUUUUUAGCAGCCAAAAGGAAAAUUGCAAUAAUCCAUCAGCUAUUUAAACCAAGCCCGCCUGAACUCAAGGGAACUGAAUUUUACAAAUAAAUGUUUUUUUUCUCCUAGGCUAUGUGCUUUGUAAACUUGGAUUCUAAUGUGCGAGUUUUGUCAGAUUUUUCAGGCGAAUGGCUGUUUAAAAACAAAUCCAAGCUAGGCUUAAAUCCAAAAAUCAAUCUUAAUUUUUUUCCCCUUUAUCAAAUUGACUGAACCAAAUAGAAAUGGCAGCUAAGGUUCUUUAUCAUUGAGGGUUGUUGUUGUUAUUAGGUUCAGCCUGUUUUUAUCAGUUUCUGCUUUUUAAAAAUGAGGAAAGUAUAAAAAUAGAUAAGGUUGCUCAGGAAUUUCUCUAUUUCUACUUAGAUAGAUUCUAAACUCUUGAUGUGGUUGAAACCAAAGGUAUUUCCUUGUGCCUGUAUUAGCUUCGCCAAUCCACAAUUGAUUUAAAAAAAAAUUGUUCAUUUUCACAAAAGAACCCAAUUCAGUUCUAGCCUUAUUAUUCGAUUAUGAAUUGUAGUCAGUGAAGUGAGAAUUCUUUUAAUUUACCUCGCAAGUAUCAGACUACAAACCAGAAAACACCAGUUUACAAAUAAUAGAUGACAGUAAAUUAUUAUGAAAUCUUCAAACUCCCGAGUCAAAAACUCAAGCUCAAUGUCUGAAUAGCUGUUGAUCAAAAACAGCUCUCAGAAUCCGUCUGGCGGUAAAUUGAUGUGAAUGUCAGCUUGAGUUUUUACAGGCCAGUUUUGAGCAUUUAUUGUAAUUUAUCAACCGUACAUUCUUGAUAUUAUUUUACUUUAGCCCAGUUUUUGUAGUGUUAUAUUUUAUACACUGCUUCAGAAUUACCCUAGUUUAUUGAG